UUCGCGCUGUUACGAGUAUUAUCGUCCGUCAGUGGUCACUGGUCGGCACUGGUCAGUCGUCGACGAUCGCUCGGCGAGUCGACACGGAAGUGGGUGAUCGCUCGUUCGCGAUCGAUCUCGCCGCGUCGCGAGAUUCUCGCGUGUCCUCAUUCUCGCUGAGCCGCCCCGCCGGUUGUGUGUUGACUGUUGUUUCGUCAACGAGAAUCUUGGUGCACUCUCUCUUUGUCUCUCUCUCUCUCUCUCUCUUUCCUCCCUCUCCCUUUCUCCUUCUCAAUCACGUCAGCGACGGGCCGGACGGACGUCAGCGCGGCAGCGUUAGUCGGUUAGUCUGUGAUCUGUAUCGGAUCCGGACGACUUAGGACGACUGGCCUGGACUGACCUGCGUGUCAAUAAGAUGCAGUUUUAUUGACUUUCGUUCGACUUUCUCACGGCCGCGGAGAGAGAGAGGGGGGUCCUCUCUCUUUCUCUCUUUUUUUCAAAUGCGCCGUAUCUAGUCGCGGUGCCGCCGAUAAUUGUGACAUCACGCGGUGUGUUACGCUAACGUCGCCGUUGUUGCCAUCAUCCGUGGUCGCUGUCAAUCGCAGUGAAAAUGCCCGCGCAACUCAGCAAGUUUUCGUUCGAGGUGCCUUGCCGAGAUUACGUUCAUCCAUGGACGGAGUCCUGCGUCAGCGCGACCACCGGUCUCGGUCUGCACUGUCUGCAGGAGUCCCUCAGGAUAUACACGACCGUUUACAUCAUUGCAUUUUUAAUGAGAAGAAAACGACCAACGAAAGAAGAUGUCAAGAAAACUAUGUUGGGUAUCCUCCAAUCCACAGCAUUUCUUUCAUGGAGUGCUUUCUCCUAUUCGAUGUGGAUUUGUUUAUUAAGGCUAGCACUUGGACGUUUUUAUAUACCGACUGUAUCUUUUCUUCCGUCCUUUUUAUCUAGCCUGUCUGCCAUUGUGAUAGAAAGAGCCUCUAGGCGUACAUUAUUGUGUCUCUACGUGUCAAAUGUUGCAACGGAAACUUUGUUCAAGAUGGGUUUGUGGAGAGGAUACUACUCACCUAUUUCGAGAGGAGAAGUCUAUAUAUUUGCCGUAAGCGUAGCUGUAUUACUGUAUUUCUUUCGUUCAAAGACGAACAAACAGGAUCAAGUAUAUAAAAUAUUUAGGAUGAUUAUUGGGCGAUAUGAAGAGACUGAAUAUCUUAGAAAGAAAGACUCGCAUCCCGAAACAUCUUCGAGAAACAUUGCGACUGACAGCGCAAAGGAUGACAGAAGUAUACAUAGGAGCUCUGCAAGACAUAAAUUCAGUAUUCUAUGGAAGUCCUUUGAGGCAUAUAAAUAUAUCAUUAAUAGCUUAAAGGCGCAAAGUAAGGAUGCUUCAUGUCCGCAUCCUUAUAGCUGCGCACAUUAUAUUUUAGCGGAUAGUGCAAGGAUCUUCAGUUAUGGUGUUUGCGGACAAAUAGCGCUUAAACUGAUCUUGCAAUUCAAAAGAUUACUUCAGAAACCAAAAUUACUAAAAACCACCAUCUUUCAAAGAGACAAUUUAAAUCUAGCUAUAUUUCUUGGAGGAUUUGUCGGCCUUUAUAAACUAGUAUCAUGCACGUUAAGAAGAACCUUCCACAAAGAUUCGCACAUUUAUGCUAUUCCUGCUGGACUUAUCGCAAGCGUAACAUUUAUGGCAUACCCCAAUACUACUAUAGCUUUAUAUAUCAUGUGGAAGACACUACAGUUGCUGUGGAACGAUGCAGUGGAAAAGGAGAAAGUACCUGAAAUAAAAUGGUUUGCAAGUUUAUUGUAUUGCUUUAGCACGGCAGUUCUCUUCCAUGCAGCUAUAGUGGAACCACAAAACUUGAGAUCGUCCUAUUGGAGAUUCCUUUACACUGUGUCCGGUGGAAGAAUAGCAGUGAUGUCCCGGUUACCUAUGAAGGUGUUUGGUUUAGAAACACACAAAAAUUUGCAAGAAGUGCUCAGAAAAACGAAAACUACAGAUCAACUUACCUUUUCGUUCUAAAAUAUCGAGUAUAAGUAUCAAGCGUGACAAUACGUACCUUAGUUAGUAUCUUUCCUCGGAAGCGUAAUUCUCUAGAACCAAAGAAGUGUACAUCACAUAUACGUUUUAAAUUGUAUAAAUUAAAUUCUUUGCGAUAAACAAGUGAAACAACAAAAUGUAUUUUAGCGUAGUGAUCUGAACGUUAACGUUUCUACUUUGUUUCUUCAACCUAAUUCGAAGCGAUGUUGCUUGAAUAUGUUGUGAUACUAAACGAACUUAAUACUUUUAUAC